AUGCGCGUGCGCCUUUUCCUCCUUUCCGACGCUCGAGCGAAAAGAGACAAGAUGGGCCAUCAGCAGCUCUACUGGAGUCACCCUAGAAAAUUCGGACAGGGAUCCCGCUCCUGCCGAGUGUGCUCAAACAGACACGGUUUGAUCCGUAAGUACGGACUCAACAUGUGCCGCCAGUGCUUCAGGCAGUACGCCAAAGACAUCGGCUUUGUUAAGCUGGAUUAAAUGUCCUGCGCUGACGUCCUCGCAUGGUGUUAAGGGAUCAUUGGAAGCCUGGCCAAGAUGGAAAACAUUUAACAAUGCGCUAAUAAAUGUUCUUUUUUGUCCAACUUCA